AGUGCUAAUGACUGACCUUCCUUUGGACUCGCUGUUAUGCAUCACACUUGCACUGCAUAACCUCAGGGAUCCAUAUGUUGAAGAAUAUGCAGGAAUCUGCUAAAGAAUGGAAUAUCUCUUUCGCUGGCUGUGGAUUUCUGAUGGCUUACUACUGUGGAGUCUAUGGCUGUUUAUCUGAGCGGGCCCCUUUUUUCCUUAAAGAGGUGAAGAGGAUUUGUGGGGCUUCAUCUGGGGCUCUCAUGGGUGCAAUGCUAGUAUGCCAAAUGUCUCCAGACCUAAAGAAAAUUACAUUUUGAAGCCAAAUCCUGUGAAAAUUUGCUGGAAAUGUCUCGAGAGGCUCGGAGAGGCACUCUGGGGGCUGUGCAUCCCUCCUUCAACCUGCUUAAGAUAGUACGACACUUCCUAAAUCGUGACCUGCCCGAUGAUGCCCACCUGCUCGCCAGUGGACGGCUGUUUGUGUCACUCACACGAGUGUCAGAUGGGACAAAUGUGCUGGUGUCUGAGUUUGACAGUAAAGAAGAUCUCGUUCAGGCUCUGAUUUGUAGCUGCUUUUAUCCACUGUACUGUGGUGUGAUACCUCCAAGAUAUCAUGGAAUAAGGUAUGUAGACGGAGCAUUGAGUGAUAACAUGCCGUUCUCUGGUCUAAGGAACACAAUCACCAUCUCGCCCUUCUCUGGAGAAAGUGACAUCAGUCCUUAUGGCAACCCUUUUUACUUUCAUGACAUAUACUACAAUAACGUCAGCAUACACAUCAACUUCAUUAACGCACACCGAGUGGUCAUUGCGUUUUUUCCUCCAGAAGCAGAGGUCUUGGCUGAGAUGUGUCAAAAUGGAUAUAAGGAUGCUUUCCUUUUUUUAAAAGAGAAUGCAGAACUCCUGAAGCUCACAUCGUCGCUGUCAGAGCUGACCCUAAUAGAUGAAUGGAAGAAUAUUCCAACAUCUGAGAAAUAUAUUAGUGAUAACAAAUUAAGAGUGACUGGGAAUUCAAAAAAUAUCCUUCCAGAGUCCAUCAAAAAAGUAUUUUGUAAGGCUAGCAUGAGCGAGGACGAAGAAUUAAGAUGUUCUCUCUCAGUGAAGCUGGUUUACUGUCUAAUGUGGUGCAUUUUGCCAGUGGAGAUGGCAUACAUAAUGCUUUUAAGGCUUGUUGAGUACACUCCAGAGAUGUGGUCAUAUCUGCUGUGGAUGUGGCAGAUGGUAAUGAGAAUAACUGGACAAAUAUUGAAGAAUGCUUUCUCAAGGUUUUAAAGAUAUUACAUAAUAAUCCAAAUAUUAAGUGUGAAGUCCCUAAACAAGAAUUUCUGCCUUCCGUUGUUUACGCAUUCAGAAAUAUCCAACUCUUCACCAGCACCACGUCUUCUUACAUACACUGUGUAAUUAUUUUGUAUAAAAAGGUUUCAAUAACCAAUUUUUAUGUAAUCACACCACUUUAACUUACCUAAAUUGCCUCAAAAUUAAAGACCUACCUUUUGUUUACAGUUUACAAGUUUUGUCUCACUAAAAUAUAAUAUCUAAUACUAAUAUGGAAAUAAAUUUACAAGUAUGAAUUAGCAUAAGUGUAUUUUAAUGAACAAACAAGAUAAUCAAGUAUACAGAAAGGGUAAAAAAUAGUAGCACCAAUUAAAAGCAUGUGGAUAAAUCCAUAAAUUCUGGCAUGUUUAGGAUUAUUUCCCUUAUAUAAACAGUCAUACUGUGUUGUAUUUUACAGUACUGAAGGCGGAGAGGUGGUUGUAUACAUUUCUUAAACCGUGAUGCUGAUGCUUCCUCAUAAGGAACACAUUUAAAGAUAUCUUCAAUGUACAGUCUUGCAGUGGCACCACAGAAGUUCAUAGAAGUCCUUCCAACAUGUAAAAAGACCUCAUUUGUCACAUUAUGAUAGUAUCAAAACAUUAUUUAAAUGUUAUCCUCACAGAUAUUAUGUUUAAAAUGUGAACUUUAAAAAGAUUUGGGUAGUUACACUUAAAAUUUUACUACAUAAGCAAACAAUACAUCCCAUCUAAAAUAUCAAAUGAUAUAAUAGUGAGUGCUCCUUAUGAACAAAUCAAGUAUCAGUCCCUGAAAUCGCAUAAUGCAAUAAACCAGUGCUCAGAACCUCGUACACUAAACUACCGAAAAUAACGUCAAUGACUAUAAACCACUAAAGUAAAAGAUGAGUAUAUUCUCCAGUUCCAUAGAAAUGCUAAUUCCUAAAAGGUCUAAUUGAAAUUCAUAGUAAAAACUGUUCUUUUCUUUAAUAAAGAGGCAUUUGAGAUGUCAAACGCCCCCAAAUUGAAGUUUAGAGGUACAGUUUCUUUAAAAACACAGCAGCCAUUGGAUUCUCCUUGUGCAAGUUGGGCCACCUUCCAUGAUACUGUAAUCUCCUCAAAUCGGUCCUGAAAUUAUAACGUAACAGACUUGUCACAGCAACGCACAGGAGAAAGAAACCAAUGCCCCAAAAGACUCCUGGAUUGGACUGAGAGAAGAUAAAAGGCACAGCAUCUCUGGAAGAGCACAGGAACCGACAGGCUUCGUCUGAAGUCCCUGAGAACGCUCCUUCCUCAUACACCCCAGCUUUGGGCUUGAGAGGAGCUGCCGAUGGCUGGGAUCUGAUCGGCAAAAGACUGCGUCAUCCACUGUCCGUCCUGAACCUGUCCGACCGCGUUUGGAUCCGUAGGCGCCUUCUCCACUGUGUCAGCUGGAACAAAAAAUUGGUUUGUAGCAUCUGAAGACCCCUUUGACUUCCACUGUAUGGACAAAAAGUUCCACAGAAGAAAGAUGGUACCAACCUUUCUCCUCAGAUGUGGAGAAGCUACAAUAUCCAUUGCUUUGGCCUCCUUCAGGUACGAGUUCUCCAUAUGCUCCUCCGAAAGCGGUCUCAUAACCAGGAUCAUACUGCUCUUCCUUGAUAGCCAUCCUCUUAGCGUCCUCUGUAAGACAGAAGAAAGAAAGUGGUCAAGUACUGUGUAUAAUUGUGUACAUCAGGAGGGCAAUCAUAAUCGGUCUGCUUGUACCUUUGGCCAGGCCGAGAUCAAAUGAGUAGUUGACUUCUUCGAUCUCCUUGGGCUUUGCAACACCCUUCAGCUGAUCUCGGAGCUCUCUCAGCUUGAUGUAAAAAUGCACUUUGUCCUGAGCACGUGGGAACUGAGCACAGCGGGCGCUGGAGGAGGGCAUCAGGUACAACGCCUACAGAAAACAGUUAUUUACAGCAUAUGACUCAUAUCUGACCAAAAGUAGCUUUUUUCAUGAGGUGAACCAAAAAUGUGUUUUUAUUUCAUUUUACCGUCUCAGAGUCAGGAACCCUGUGAGGCUGUAGGCCAAAUUCAAGUGUUUUUGGCUUCUUCCCAAAUAUCUCCCUACAGAACAUUUCAUAUAUACCUAAAACAAGAGAUAUUGUUAAAUGCACACCUUCAUAUCUGUUUGCAUUCUGUACUUGUGUUCGAAUACUUACAUUUUCCAUUAAAAACUGCUAUGAGUGGCUUGAA